AUGCUCCAUCACCCCGACCCUGCUGCCAUUGUUCUCCAACAACAGCAACUCCACCAACAGCAACAACAACAACAACAACAACAACACUUAGUGAGAUCAUCCAAAGACUUCAUGGCCGCUACCGCAAGCACAUCCUCCUCCAACCCUUCUUCGGCCAUCCAAGAAGCAGCAGCAGGCUUUGUCCAAGAGCGCUACACCCACAACCAUCAUCUCCAAGACUCGUCACUCAUGCCACCAUCACCCCUCAUGCUCAACCCAAUCAUCGUCCCUUCUCAGUCUUCACUGCAUCAACAACAGCUCAUGUCCUCGACAGCAGGAGCACGCCAGCAUCAGGAAAUGCAUCCACACCUCGUUCACCCUUACUCUCACCAACUGCAACACCAACAACACCUGCAACAACAACAACAACAGCAAUCGCUUCAACACCACCGCAGUGUGUAUCACUUGCAGCAACAGUACCAACGACAGACACCUUGGGAAGAACAACAGCAAGCGCAACAGUUACAGCAAGACCAGCAGGACCUGGUCGAAGUUACAGCAAGGGGCCGGCAAGGAUCGAUGGAGAUGGGUUUCCAGCGUAAGCGCAGUCUGUCAGUGCCACUGCUGCUCUCCUUGAACCCGGGAGGAGGACAGGAGAACGGUGGUCAUGUGCAUAGCCAAGACGGACAAGAUGGCCAAUCCGGACAAGACCUCGACGGUGAUCAGGAUAUGGAUACCGACGAAUUGGCGUCAACUUCGUCGUCGUCUUUAGCGGUUGGUGUCUCUCAGGACAAUGGUAGCGACAACAAUAGGUCGUCGCCUUCAACAGCCUUAGUUUACGACUACAGCAAAAUGACCCUGCAGCGGGAAUCGCUCUUGGCAACGUUACCCAGAAGCCAUCGUCAUCGAGCCUAUGCAAGCAACGCAGGCAAGGCACCCCAGCCUGGACACUCUCGCCAUACUCUGUACUAUAGCGGCAACCACCAUCCUCAUGCAUCCCCACGCCACCAAUACAAUCCCUUCACAAACCGCAAGUUCCCACCAUACCAGUACUGGGCAGUUUCGGCACAGCGAGAUUACCAUCUCUCGACGAUCGGUGUCCUCUCAGCGCCCUCGGGAGCACGAUCAGUAAUAGACCCAUCAUCAUCAACACCAGGCUCAGGAGGCGCAGGUGGAAGUGGAGGCGGAGGAGGAGGAGGAACGGGCGAUCUGUUUUUGAGAGCAGCACUUGGAGGCAGCAGUGGAGGAGGUGUCAACAAGUCAGUCUAUCGAUCCAGGUUACCAGUACACCUUCGCCACAUCACCUCAAGAAACAACCGGCGACCGGCGAUCUGUCUGACUCCGUUCCAUGGUGGCGAGGGGCGUGAAGAUGGAGAUAUGGACGAUGUCAGAGACAAGAAGCGGCACUCAACAUCUGUGUUAUCUUCAUUCACAAAUGCCGUAGGAGGCUCAUCGUCGACGACAAGUCUAGAUCCACGGGACCAGGGUUCACCACCACCGUCAGCGGGACCAGGAUCAACAGCCGUAUCACCGUCAAAGUUCACAGAUCGGGAUGGAUCUCCUAACCAUGGAGGCGAAUCUUCUUCCUCAACAAGCCGAGGGUCGUUGUCUGCGGCCAAUCGGAAAAAACUGUCGGACUGGAAGAGGGUGACGGCUCUGAGUUUUGAUCGGGAAGGCGAUCCACAGCGUACAGGGAUGGUGAUGCGACUUGCCAGCAACGAAUCGUCAAGCAUCAUGGCACCCACCACUUCCUUGUCAGGAGGUUCCUCUUCUUCGUCGUCGUCUUCACUACGGGGCAGUUCAGGCAAUGGACGUCAAUGGCUGAGCCAGCGAGGUGGACUUGCCAAUUUGUUCCAGACCAAUCUAUCAGUCACUGGAGGAAGCAAUGGGUCUGGAAACAAUGGAGGAGCAGGAGCAGGUCCGAGUGGUAACAAUGUCGAUCGAUUGGUAGAGGAAAUGACCAAGUGGUCUGUGUAA